AUGGAUGAAGAAAUGGAAGUCGUGGAGAUUCGCAUUUGCAUUGGAGAAGAAGUCAAAGAUUCAGUCUGCAUGCAUCGCGCUGAAAUUGGGAAAAUGAUUGAGCUGGCCUACACAGUACUAGCUCAGCGUGCAGAACAAGUCCUUAAUGGCAAGGUUCUGAAGCGCAUUACAUACAUCGAUGAUGAGGGCGACCAUUGCACUUUGAGCCCAGCCAGUGUCGUCGAUGCCGUGGACCUCUCCAGGGAUGGCGUGCUGAAUCUUUAUGCGGUCGAGGAGCCAAGUCAAGAUCAAGAAGCCGAAGCUUCAUCACCGGUCUUGGAAGUCACACACAGCAAACUGAAGUUGGAAGCUGCUACUUUCCAGGAAGGAAUGAAGGCAUGGUCAGACAGAAACUAUGUGUACAAGAACAUUCCUGACGAGUUGCUUGGAUCGACCUUGUUCAGAGGAGAGCACAUUGUGCCCACGAACACCUUCUUCUUGGUCAAGGCUCCAGCAGGGUCUGUGAUCUAUGUCUUCAGUGAGGUACAUCGAGAUGGAGGCUUUUCGAACCUUGGACUGGAAAAGUGCGACGCAAAGCGAUUCCGAUGGGAAAUUGAAGGUUCUGGCAAGCACUACUCGCUUUCCUUGUGGAAAUUCAUUUCGACCGGAGAGGCUGAACAAAUUCUCGUGUGCGAAUCCUUGGUUGGCGGCAUCGCAGUGAAGACAGGGCGAAGUACUACAAGUACCACAAAUUCGAAGGCAGAAGCAGAGACCGCGGGCAAGAUGAUUGAAAAGUUGGCAGCGCUGGUUGGUGAACCCAACGUGUUGAUGACGCUUCAGAAGUUGGCAGAGAAAGGCCUCGACCUUUUGGCAGAGCAUGAGGAUCACUUCACAGAUGCGUGGGUUCCGUUGAUCCAACCACUGCAUUUGGCAGCUAGCGGCAACUUCGCAGACACGAAAGAAGUGAUGUCUUUUCUGCAAACUGCAAAGGAUGUGUAUCAGACAAUGCCCAGCGCUUUGCAAGAAGUUGUUGAGAAGUCCCUCAAGGGAACCCUCCAAAACAUUGUGGCGCAACAGGCCCAGCAGGCGGCUGAAGAGGCCCAGCAGGCGGCUGAAGAGGCGACCGAAACGGAGAUUCACCCUCAUGUCGUUUGUGAUGGCUGUGAGCAGGACCCACUCACGGGCAGGCGCUACAAGUGCAGCGAUUGCCGGGACUUUGACUUGUGCGAAAGUUGCUACAAAAAACGCGACCGGCUGCACCCUGGACACAGCUUCAAGAUUGUGCCAGGACACGUACUCCCAUUUCCACUUGAGCUCUCGGUGUGCUGUGACGGCUGCGGCAAAAAGCAGGUCCAACCGCAAGAUCGCUUCAAGUGCUUGGAGUGCCCAGACUACGAUUUGUGCACCUCGUGUUUUGAGCAACGAAGUCUCAUCCACCCCGAGCAUUCCACCUGGCAGCACUUGGGACAACGACUUUGCUGUGGAUCUGCUCCUCCGGCUGAGCCAGAGCCAGAAUCCGGGCAUGAGGAGAAGUUGGCCGAACCCAAGAAUGAGUUCCCCGACAUGCCGAUGUUUGAGGCUGAUGCCAUGAUGGCUUGUCCAUGCACACCUGAUUUGUUGGAUGCCCAGGCAGAUGUUGCCGCUGCCAUGGCUGUUCCAUGCACACCACCUCCCUUGGCUGUUCCAUGCACACCAACUUCGCCAGAUGAGAAAGAGGUGCCAGCUGCAUUGGUUUCCUGUCCAAGCACUCCACCAGAGCCAAAACUCGCAUGGGUGCCACAGCCCUGCACCCCCCCACUGUCGACUGAGGAGAAAUUGGACACCGUCAGCGAGUCUGAGAUAGAUCCCAAGGUCGCAGUCGCGGCUAUGGCCAAACUGCUUUCCAAUCCAAACAAAGCACUUCGCCAAGCAGUGGUCCACGCAAUGAGCGUCGCAGAAGUGGAAGUUGCUGCAAGAACUCCAGUGGAACAGAGCCAGGACUCCGGGUCAGAUAUCUCGGAUGACUGGGAGAGGCUGGAAGAAGCUGAGAACGAGGACGUGCCAAUGGGCGUGGCUUCCCCUACCCCUUCCCAGAAGCCAGAGCAGCUUGUCAAAGUGGUGUUUGUGUCCGCUCUCCUCAACGAUCCCACUACCAUGCAGCAGUUGCAGAACAAGCAGGGCGUGAUCGAAUGGCAUGGAUCAGAGGCCUUUCGCUUGGGUCACCUCGAAAUCAAGCAUACUGCAUGCCCACCACCGACGAAAGCUCUAGUGAAGAUUGUGGUGGUGAACAUUGGCGAGGCAGCAUGGCCUGAGGCUUCCACCCUGGAGCUUCGCGAUGGGCCAUCCUGGGGUUUUGACAAGAUGCCGUUGGGUGCGGUGACCCCUGGUGAGACGGUGGAAUUGGUUCUUGAUCUAUCCUUCACAGCUGGUCAUCAAGGAGAUAUGCUCACCUCAGCCUGGGCCGUGAUGGACGGCCAGGGAAGCCCCAUCGGAUCGCCGAUGCUCUUGGAAGUCGUGCGAACCUGA